UAUAUAAGGUAGUCUUUAAUAACCCAUAUAUUUUCACGAAGGUUUGGAUGAGCUUUGGUACUUUCUGUUUUGCUAUGUCACUCAUGUUUCCUUACUUACUGUAUGGACACGGUUAAUUACAGCCAGGUACACAUCGGGCCCUGAUAUUGUACAACUCUGAUGAACAGCGUGCACAAAGCCCUUAAGUACCUCAUAAACUACCAAUGAUUGAUGCUACCGAUAUCCCUGUGCGGUCAUUAAUGUGCAGGUGUUAUAUUAGUGAUAUACGUAUGUAUUCCCUGUUUACAACUAUGAGACAUGGUCUACCUAGGACCUAUAUACUUGACAUAAUUUUGUUGACAACAGCCGGUUAUCAUGGCUACCAAAUCAUUGAAAACGUGUUGGAUGCUACUUGCGAUAGCCACAUAUGGCAGCAUCAAAGCUGAAUUAGCACCAGCACAGCGACAUGAAAUAGAUAAAAUGUUGCAGAAAGACCAGUCUAAGCCACCCUUCUAUCAUACAGGUAACAAAACAAAUGUCCGCAUCACUAUACAUAUGACCCAGAUGAGGUUCAUAGAUACGGCGGAAGCCGACUUCACAUUUUACUUGUACCAAAUCUGGAAUGAUCCUAGACUGAGUUAUCGUUUCGAAAACAACUCUGACUUUAAUGAGACGUACCACGUUGUCCGAAGUAGAUAUUUUGGAAACAUAUGGCUAGCUGAGAGUUACGUUGAAAACGAAUUACAUUCCCAUAUCCACGAUUCGUCAAUGGCCAACCGUUUCGUAUGGCUCAUGGCAAACGGAACUUUGAUAUACAGCAUGAGAAUGACAGUUGGACUUGCGUGUGAGUUGAAAGGCUUCCUGUUUCCCAACGGUCUGUUCGAUUGCCUCAUGAAGUUUCGCAUUCAUUCGUAUACAAACGACCAAGUCUCCAUGGAAUGGGACACCAUUCAUCAGCCGAAGAUCAAUGUAACUUUUGCAAACCCCGAGGUGACCAAACAUGCUUUGGAGUUCACGAAGUGCUCGUCAGAUACGAGUGCAGUUGUAGAUAGUUCGUGCAUACAACUAUUGGUACACGUAAGAUUCAGUUUUGCCAGUAGCGCAGCACGUUUGUUUUUACCCAGUAUUUUCAUCGUGCUUGUCGGAUGGCUGAGUUUUUGGAUAGAGCGUUCGGAGGUGUCCUCAAGAGUCAAGCUUGGAACACUGUGUCUGCUGGCUAUGAUCACAGAACAGGUGGGAACGAAGUUGUUCCUGUCAGCCAAGUUCGUGAUAUCAGCAAUGGAGGUGUGGUUUGUGGUAUCACUGCUUUUCGUUGUGGUAGCCAUGUUUGAAUAUACAUUUGUACACGCUGUGGAUAUCUUCCAAGAUAAAGUAAGACGACAGGAAGAAAUGAAGAAGAAGAUUCGCACAGUAGUUGGGGGAAUAGGCGAUCCCCAGGAUAGUAAGCAAAGGAGCAAUGUAGAUCUCAUCGAAAUGAACACCUUGCCGUCGGAUGGUCCGGUCAGUGUAGAAUCAGAAAGCGACGACCUGAUCAACAGCUUUGGUGCGAAAUUCUUCAUGUCGGUUCCCACUGGUGUCGUGGAGAAGUACUUCCGGAUCCUGUAUCUAAUUGCGUAUGUCUUAUUUCAGUUUCUGUUUUGGACAGUCUACCUAAAUUACGAAGAAGUGUACUGAUAAACUCAAUAUCGUUAACAUGGCUGAAGACAAUCCUUUCAUUACAUUUGUGUAUGAUAAUAGACGCAAACAAUUUUAUUACAUGGUGAGCGAAUAUUUAAGCUCCGAAUAAAUGAAUGCGCCUUCGAAA